AUGGAAUCAGAAUGGUUACAAGCAGACGCGUCGGCGUCUGCGCUCCCCGAUCCAGGACUUCAAGGCGCGAUGGAAGCUGUAUCCAUGAUGGCACAGAAGACAUUGGAGAAAUAUGGGGGUGAAAUAGGCUUUGCUGUCAUGCUGACCGUUUUCACCAUCGGCGUUGUCAUGAUGGCCGCGUGCCAGAAUGUGGUGACAUAUUCUGCCGCUUCAGUGUUCUUCUGGACCGGAUUCGAUGGAAUGUUCUACGUUCUGUACGUUAUCCUUGCAGACAACUUUAGUCUGAGAAACAGAGGCUUCAUGUUUGGCCUUUAUAACGCCCCCUACUUGGUUACAACGUUCGUGGGCUCCCCCAUCGCGAGCCGGUUCCUCUCCGGGCCGGGAUGGAGGUGGUCCUUUGGUACCUUUGCCAUUGCGGCACCAAUUGCUGGCUUGUCUCUGAUUGUACUGCUCUUGUGGAAUUAUCGAAAGGCCCGGUUGAGGGGUGGUGUGUCCGAACACAAGGAACACGAAAGCGUUUGGGAGGGCCUGAAAUACUACUGGGUCGAGUUUGACUUCAUUGGGCUUCUACUUCUUGCUGGUGGCUUCUCUUUACUACUUUUGCCGUUUAGCCUUUACUCUGGCCAGGCGAGUGGCUGGGCAUCGCCAAUGAUUAUCUGUAUGAUUAUUUUCGGUGUCCUUUGCUUUGUCUUAUUUGCGAUCUGGGAGAAGUACUGGGCACCAAAGUCAUUCCUUCCAUGGGAACUCAUCAAAGAUCGCACAAUUUUUGGAGGAAGCAUUGCAUCGGCCAAUACGUAUCUAGUCUACUACGUGUGGUACUCCUAUUUCUCCUCGUCUCUACAGGUCAUCCAGGGUCUGGACAUCACCCUUGCAGGGUAUGUUGUCAAUAUCCAUAGCGUCGGCUGGGUAUUGGUGGGUAUUGCUGCUGGUGCACUGAUUCGUACAACGUCUCACUACAAAUGGAUUGCACUGUACAUUGGGAGCCCUUUGCAAAUACUCGCCACUGGCCUCAUGUAUCACUUCUCCGGCACAGGAUCCCCAACCGGGCUGAUUGUCAUGGCACAAGUGUUCUUGUCACUAGCAGACGGGUUGAUAUAUCUCACGUCCGAGGUGGCAGUCUUGGCUGUCAUUGACCAUGAGCAUAUCGCCGUGGUAUUGGCCGUAUACAACAUGGUAACAAGCAUCUUUCAGGCAGUAGGCGCCACUAUUUCGGCUGCCAUAUGGACUAAGGUGUUUCCGUCGUAUCUGACCAAAAACCUUCCAGACAGUGCCCAGCCUCAGCUUGAAAAUAUUUACAGCAGUAUCUAUUCCCAGCUAUCCUUUGACAAAGGAGGUGCUGAGAGAUUGGCUAUCGAGCAGAGUUACUCCCAGGCAAUGCGGAAUCUUUUCUCUGCCGCGCUGUGUCUCACUGUUAUUGGGCUUGUGGCUACCUUGUUCUGGAGAGAUAUCAACGUGAAAGACAAGGAGAAAAAGCAACCAGCAAACUGA